GGGAGGGAAGUGAUCCGAUUCAACCGCCAUACAGAGAGCCGCAACCCGAAGAUAAAUAAACGAGCUUCUAACCCUAGGUUGGUCUCUCUCCUUUCUCAUAUAAAAGGCCAUAGCAAAGUAAAAAAGAAUACAGAAAAAGCAGAAGCAGCAAAAUUAAGUCGACCAUGGCGAACGGUGAUAUUCCUGAAGAUGCCAAUGGGCAUUGCCCUGGUACCCGAUCAGAUUCGGCAGGAAAAUCUGACGCUUGUCAAGGUUGUCCUAAUCAAGAAGCUUGUGCCACUGCCCCAAAAGGCCCUGACGCAGACUUGGUUGUCAUUGCAGAAAGGAUGGCUAAUGUAAAGCAUAAGAUACUUGUUUUAUCAGGGAAGGGUGGAGUUGGCAAGAGCACAUUCUCUGCCCAACUUUCAUUCGCCCUAGCAGCUAUGGACUUCCAGAUAGGUCUACUUGACGUUGACAUUUGUGGCCCAAGCAUCCCAAAGAUGCUUGGCCUAGAAGGUCAAGGAAUCCACAAGAGCAACCUCGGCUGGUCUCCUGUCUAUGUUGAUGGUAAUAUCGGGGUCAUGUCAAUUGGAUUUUUGCUUCCUGGUCCUGAUGAAGCUGUCAUAUGGAGGGGCCCUCGCAAGACUGGGCUCAUCAAGAAUUUUCUGAAGGACGUGUACUGGAAUGAACUUGAUUUUUUGGUUGUUGAUGCUCCUCCCGGGACCUCAGAUGAGCAGAUCUCAAUUGUUCAAUGCCUUGGGGCUACUGGAAUAGAUGGUGCAAUUAUUGUCACCACUCCGCAGCAAGUCUCCUUGAUUGAUGUGCGAAAAGAAAUCACUUUCUGCAAAAAAGUUGGAGUUAAGGUUCUUGGGGUUGUUGAGAACACGAGUGGCUUGUGCCAGCCGUUGAUGGAUUUCAAGUUUAUGAGGAUGACAGAGACAGGUGAACAUAUAGAUAUUUCGGAGUGGGUUAGGGAAUAUCUUAGAGAGAAAGCACCAGGACUUCAAAAUUUGAUUGCUUGCAGUGAAGUGUUUGAUAGUAGCAGUGGUGGUGCAGAAAAAAUGUGCAGGGAAAUGGAUGUGCCUUUUCUUGGGAAGGUGCCAUUGGACCCACAGCUUUGUAAGGCUGCUGAAGAAGGUAGAUCCUGCUUCAUUGAUAAUAAAUGCCAGUUGAGCGCUCCUGCACUGAAGAUCAUCAUAGAAAAACUGAUUGAAAAUAAUGGAUUCUCAAGAAUGUUGGUAGAUAGUGCAUAGGCUGUUAGCUUCAGCUUGUGGUCCUUAUGUGGAUCAAAAUUCUGUGUUUUUCUGUCCCCUUUUCUGUUUAAUGAUAGCAUGGAUUCUUUAGCUUCGGCUUAUAUGUAUUUAUUCAAAACAUGGCGGCUACGUGAAUAUAAUGAUAUUUAACCUCUGGAGUUUU